AAGAUAACAAAACAAUUUGCUCGUCAAAACAGUCUACAUCAAAUAUAUCGACCAAAAAAAUCUUAUAUUCAACAACGUUUAGCCACAAUUGCUAAACAAAAAGAACGAAUAGCCAAGGAAUUACAAGAACAUUUAGCAAAAUUAUUAAAUUAUGUACAACAUUGGCAGCCACCGAUCGAUGAAUAUCUAUUAACAAAUGCCAUUGAUCAAUGUGUUAUACAUGGUCAAAAACGAUUAAAAGAAGAAUUUCAAUAUAAAAAAGAAAUACUAAAAUUAGAUUGGAAUGAUCAUCAAUUACUUAAAAAAUUUUAUGAAUUAAAACCGAAUGAAGAACUUAUUCAAUUAGCACAACAUUUAUGGGAAAUAACUGCUGACGAACAGAAAACAAAAGAACAACAACAAAUACUCGAACAACGUAUCUAUUUAAAACGAUUACCACCAAAAAUAGAUCAAAUGGUAGACCAAUUACUUGAUGAUAAUCGAACAAUACUUUAUAAUCCUUUUCUUGAUCCAGAUCAACGUGCUAAUUUUGCAUCACGUUGUUCAAAAAUUAUCAUACAAAGUAAAUUUCUUUUAAUGACGACAUUAUUAGAUGACUUUGCAAUUGUUACACAUCGUUAUAAUUUAACAUUAACUAAUUUAAAUGACAAAUUAUUCAGUCUGAAUAAAGAGAAUCCACAUGUUUAUACAAGUUCACUGUUAAAUGUUAUUGAAGAACGUCGACAAGCAAUGAUACAACGAUUUAUUCGAAUAUGCUCCGACGGUAGACAACAAUUAAUUCAACAAAAUUACCGUCGGAGCGAACCAUUCAUUUAUACAACAAUAAGUAGUUCAUUACCAUUUAUUGAAAAACAUAUAGCUCUUGAUUUUAAUCUUAUACAAAUGUUAAACAAUGCUCGUAAAUAUAUUCCACCAUGUCAAAGUCGAUUUAAUCAUCAACCUAUCAAGGAUAUUGCAAAUACAGAAUAUGAAACUGUAUUAAGUUCAGUUAAAAAAUGUCUUGGUGAGAAUCGAAUGUCAAUUACUGAUCAACGUGCAACGGAAUCAUUUGCAGAUUUAGAACGAAUCAUUCAUGAUUUAUAUUGCAAACGAUUACCAGAUAAAUUAUAUCGACGUGCUCGACGUGAAUAUAAAAAAGUUAAACGUCUCCAAAAAUUAUUACAUCGUCGUUCAGAUAUGAUGAUAUGCCGAAUUGAUAAAGGUGAAGGUUUCUAUAUUGGUGAUAAAUCUAUCAUGGAACACAAAACUGUCGAAUAUAUGAAUAAAACUGAAGCUUAUCAAGAACUUACUAGUGAUUAUUGUCCUCUGGCUGAUAUAUUACAUGCAACAACAAGUAUUCUCGAUUAUUUCGUUAAGAAAAAUGUCAUUACAACAGCUAAACGUGAUAAACUUUUACCGAAUUUAGAAAAACGGGAACUACCUUAUCUGUAUCCAUUACCAAAAAUACAUAAGGUAAAAUUAUAUUUAGAGAAUUCUUUUUUUUUUU